UGUCCUCUCUUUGUUCAACAUAAUCAUAUUUUUUUUUGCUUCAAAAACACAAUUUCAGCUACAUCUCAAGCCCAAAUAGUACAAAUUAAGCAUUUAGGUAUUUUAUAUUUUAAUGAAAUACCCUAAAAGCUUGUGUAGUUGAACUGCGAAAGCCAGACCAUGUCUAAUAUCCCCACCUUUCUCUCUGAAAUCUGCUUAACCCUCUCUCGUCUCGCCAUGUCCGAGGCCGACCCAUGGCCAUUUUCUUGAAGCAAAUCACUCUCUAGCGACAACCCAAUUCACUUCUCAACACGAAUUUCAAAACCCAAAGCACAGAUUUUCCUCUUUUUUCCCCCAGAAACAAUGGCAAAAUUCAGAGGAUUCAAGCUCGGAAAGCGCCUUUGCCCGGUCAUCCGGUGGUUCUUCGUCCGUACGACCCGACACGAAUAUACCCGGCUCAACCCGGGUUCUUCCUCCUCAGCUUGCAGCUACAAACCCAUGUCGAAGCUGCUCACGUGGGGCCGGAAGCUAUCCGCUGCCGCCAAAUCUCUGUGCUGCAGCAGGUCGGGUUACAAGCAGUUGGGUCAAAGCCCGGUUGAGAAAAACAAGCCUGUUACGGUUCCGAAGGGACAUCUGGCUGUAUACGUGGGCCAAAAAGACGGUGACUUUCAGAGAGUUUUGGUGCCCGUCAUUUACUUUAACCAUCCCCUGUUCGGGCAGCUUCUGAGAGAGGCUGAGGAGGAGUACGGUUAUCAGCACGACGGCGGAAUCACCAUACCCUGCCCGAUGUCGGACUUUGAGAGAGUCAAGACCCGGAUCGCCGCCGGGUCGGGUCAACGGAGGCUGACGUGGAAGCGCAGCGCCACGCUUUAGGCGGAUAAGUGAAUAGCGAUGAUAUGACGAUGAUAUUCCACGAUGGAUAAUGAUGUUUGUUAAAUUUUUGUCGAGUUUUACUUUUUAGGGGUGUUUUACUUCUUUUUUUCACUUUUUAUUACUUUUUGAAGCUUUCUUUUUGUACUUUUUCUUAGAUGUAUAUAUUUACGAAAAGAGUAUAAUAUAUGUGUGGAUGCAAAUUUCUUC